ACAUAACCUUUAUUAAUUCAUCUACCUAACCUUAUAAUAUGUUGCGAUAUUUUCGUAACUGUAUUAAAUAAAAAACGUUUUCUCAAGUAAGCUGUUAUAACUAAAAUUAUUCGGAAAAAAUGCCUCAAAUAAAGAUGCAAGAAAACAAUUCCGGUGGUGCAGAAGAAAGUGACGGUGAUGUGUCUGGUGGAGACUCUGAUCGAACAAAUACAAGUGGUGAUCAUGGAUCCAGCGAAGAUGAAGCAGAUUCCGAUGAAAGUUCUGAAAUGGACGAAGGCGAAUGUGAGCAAAGACGAAACGAAUGCAUGGAUAAUUUAUCAGAGUUAGAGCGACAGUUUACCGUACUUCGUGAGCAACUUUACAGAGAGCGUAUAGCCCAAGUUGAUCACCAGCUAGUUGAAGUUAAAGAAGGUCGUUCCCAAGAAUACCUUGGACCACUUCAAGAACUCCAGGAAAAUAAGCGUAUUAGAAUAAAAGUAGCAGAUAUUUUACGUCGAUUAAGGCUAAAUAACGUUCGCAAUAAAUUUGAGGCUGAGGAGCAAGCUGCUUUACAAAACUUUGAGAGUGAAAAAAGCCUUGCUUGGGAUUACUUUUAUGAUGAUCUUAUGAACACUAUAAGGCGACUGGAGGAGGACAGACAUAAUAGCGAAUUAAAUUGGGGCGACGGAUUAGAAUGGGGCUCAAGAUCAAGAUCCAGAUCUCGUCGUAAAGCAGUUACUGUUUCAGGACCUUACAUUGUGUACAUGUUAAGACCUCAGGAUAUUAUGGAAGACUGGACUUUAAUACGAAAAGCUCUAAAGAGAUCUCCUUAAUAAAGCUCGAAUUGUUAAAGGUAAAACUUUAAAGAAUAAUGGUACAAAAAAGGCCCUUCUUUUCUUUGUGAAUAAUAGAAUACUGUUUUUUAUGCAAUUUUUGUCAUAUUUGCAGAGUCGAAUGUUAUUUGAAAUGUUCAUCUAUAAAAAA